ACUACGGAAAACGAAAUAGUACCAAUAGCCGGAAAAUACAGGUCUAAAUUUCAAUAUAGUACUAAAUGUCCUAUGAGAAAAUACAUUUGAGAGGGCAUUGUAAGUUGAGAUUGAAAUGGUCAAUCAUGUUUGUAAAGUGCUAACUUUUGCCCUCUAGACUAGGCUAAAUAACUCAAUUUAGUUUACACUUUCACUUGCUGCAGCAACCAAAAAACCAGCAAAAAGACCAAAAGAUACUAAAUCAAGAAUGCAAUCACCUUGUCUUAGAAUGACAAGAGAAGGUUGUUUCAAUUGUUGCUGCCAAAGUUCCCAUGGAAACCAAAAUCACUACUCUAAAAUCAGCACAAUCAUCACUUGUCAUCGCGAAUUCAUCGAUACAAUGGCUUCUUCUAUCCAACCAAAUUCUCAAUUCACUAACCAUGAGUGUUUGCCUUCAUGUUUAGAAUUGUUUACAAGCUUAAAACAAGCAUAUCCACACUACAACCAAACUAAUCUAGCUGAUGAAAUCCGAGCACAAGAAUACUAUCAUCUUUCUAUAUCAAAACAUGUUUGUCUUGAUUAUAUUGGCAAUGGUCUUUUUUCUUACUACCAACAAAAGGGAUAUCAUUCAAUAGAUGAUUCAAUCGCGUCUUCGUCAUCAGCUCCUCCUCCUCCAACUCAACAAUCUGCUUCCCUCAAUGAGCCUUUCUUUAACAUAUCAUACAAGUCAGUAAGUUUAAGUACUCAGUUGCUAUAUGGAGGCCAAGAAUCAGAGUUAGAGUCUAAAAUGAGGGAAAGAAUCAUGAAAAACAUGAAUAUUUCUAAGUAUGAUUAUUCUAUGGUCUUUACAGCAAACCAAUCUUCUGCUUUUAAACUAUUGGCUGACUCUUAUCCUUUUGAGUCUAAUCACAACCUUGUUACUACUUAUGAUUAUGAAAAUGAAGCUGUUGAAGGAAUGAUAGUUAGCGCGAAGAGGAAAGGUGCUCGAGUAGUAUCAGCUGAAUUCUCAUGGCCUAAUUUGAGAGUAAAUUCAAGAAAACUGAGAAAGAUGUUAGUUGUCAAGAAAAAUGCUAAAAAUAAAAGGGGUUUGUUUGUUUUUCCUCUUCAGUCUAAAGUAACAGGCACAAGAUAUUCUUAUCAAUGGAUGAAUAUUGCACAAGAAAAUGGUUGGCAUGUCUUGUUUGAUGCAUCUGCAUUAGGUCCUAAGGAAAUGGAAACUUUAGGCCUCUCAAUAUUUCAGCCUGAUUUUCUCAUUUGCUCUUUUUACAAAGUAUUUGGUGAAAAUCCAUCUGGUUUUUGCUGUCUGUUUGUGAAAAAUUCAAGCAUAUCAGUGCUCAACAAAUCAUCCUCAACCUUGGGAAUUAUUAGUCUUGUUCCAGCAACAAAACCAUUUGAUAAAAAUGCUUCUUUUUCUUCAUCAGAAUCAGUUCAAGAAGUGAACCAAGAAAACUCUACUGAGUAUCAAGAAGUCAAACAAGUGUCUGAAGAACCAAAGCCAAUACUCACAUUGUUCGAAAUAUUAAACUGGGGUAAGAAAUCCAACAUUAACAAAUACAAAAAGUUAGAACCAAAGACGAGUAUGAGUUCUGAUGAGCUAGAAUGUAGAGGCUUGGAUCAUGCUGAUAAACUAGGCCUUGUAUUAAUCAGUAGUAGAAUAAGAUACCUUGUAAACUGGCUGAUAAACGCGUUAUCGCGCCUUCAACAUCCUCAUGCUGGAGAUAUUCAUCCUUCUUUAGUGAAAAUCUAUGGACCAAAGAUAAGUUUCAACAGAGGACCAGCUGUGGCAUUCAAUGUGUUUGAUUGGAAAGGUCAAAAGAUUGAUCCAACACUAGUACAGAAGCUAGCGGAUCGCAACAAUAUAUCGCUUUCUUGUGCAUUUUUGCAGCAUAUAUGGUUUUCAAACAUGUAUGAUGAUGAAAAAAAGACAAUCUUGGAAACAAGAAGUGGUGAAGUGAGAGAUAAUAAGAAGGGGAAAUUGAAUUGUGGUGUAUCAGUUAUAACUGUUUCACUUGGGAUGAUGACAAAUUUUGAAGAUUUGUAUAGGUUGUGGAGUUUUAUAGCUAGAUUCUUGGAUGCUGAUUUUGUUGAGAAAGAAAGAUGGAGAUACAAGGCACUAAAUCAAACAACUAUUGAGGUAUAGUGGAAAUAUCCUUUUGCAAGAACAACUCCAUUAAUUGCCCAGGGUUUAUUAGAAAUGGCCUCACUACUUUCACAAUGAAGGGGUAAGGCUGCGUACAUACUACCCUCCCCUGACCCCAUCUGUAGGAUUACGCUGGGUUUGUUGUCUUCGUUGUUGUUGUAAGAACGACUCCAUUAAUUCUUUCA